AUGCCUCCCCGUGGCAAUGAAGGACUGGACUUUACCCCAAUCUUAACUCACUAUUUGUUUCUCUUCACGUCUCUUCUUGCCAUUCUUGCAUGGUUCAUAGCAUUCAUCGGUCAAAUUAUUGCGACUGCUAGUCGCGGUAAUGGCGAUGUCGGAGUUUUAUGGUUCGCAAUAUUCCUUCAACUUGCUCUUAUUCUCGGCGUCCUCUAUACCCUAGCAAGCGAUUCUAUAGCAAUGCACCGUUUCCAAAUAUCAGUAUUUGGUGCAGUCGCCAUCGUAUUCGCUGUCAAUGGUGUACAAGCUGGUAUUUUUACCGGUAUAGGUUCGCUCGAUGCAAUGUCUGUCGGAUGGCUCAUCCUUGCCAUGGUUGACAUUGUGUGGGUCUUGUACUUCACCUCAGAGGAAGACUCUCUAGCGCUGCACAUUUUCAAUUCUAUGGGCACAGGCGGCCUAACUCCUCCAUCAAGACGUCGCAGGACUCGGGCACAAUCUGUGCAUAACGUCACCAAUGGAUACGGAGGCUACGCCUCUGGAGGCGGGAUCGGAGCGCACGACGUGCCUUACAAUGGGAAAAUGGUUAGUGGUAUGGGUAGCGGAACUCUGGCGAGUCCAAUUGGUAUGGGCAACACUGCACUUCGGAGUACAAAGAGCUUUGAACCUAGUCCAGAUGCUGCGACGCGUAGCUUGGGAGGAGGAAGCAUUACUAAUGUUCCUGGUGGCGGAGGACCGGGAUCAAGUAGUGGUGGAGAUAAUGGUCCCAGCUCACCGCUUAUGGCUGGUGCUGGUGCAAGCGCGCCGCAGGCUACACCAACAGAUCCCGCCGUUGCAGAAUACAUCUAUAAAGCAAAAGCCCUAUACACAUAUACCCAAUCACCCGAUGACCCGAACGAGAUAUCCUUCAACAAAGGUGAACUCCUUGAUAUUAUGGAUACGCAGGGCAAAUGGUGGCAGGCCAAAAAAUCAGACGGGACGGUUGGAAUCGCUCCGUCAAAUUAUCUACAGAUUAUAUAA